ACUUUUAUUUUGAAAAACAUUUUACCCGGAAAAAGAAGCUGCGUACAGUGUCUGCGGUACAUGUGAAUGUUGUGGUUCAUAGAUGUCAACUGUAGGCUGCAAUAAAGUUACUAUGGUUGGAAGCCCGUUUGUAUUGUAAAUGCUUUUAUUUGCCUUCAAAGGCUCACUUUAAAUACAGCACUUGAGUGGCGAUGGCCGUGGUUUGCUAUAGUAAGAGUCUUUCACGUGCAGUGAAUGUGACACUGUUCAGGACAAUCACAACACACGCAGGAGUCUUUAGAGGGUCAGUAUGCAGAUGUCCAGCCAUUCACAGGACUGUUAACAGCACAAUGCCACACGCUCAACGAGCCUUUCAUACAUCCCAGUCUGCGAUGGUCACUAAAAUACUGUCUGUGGAGGAGAUCUUCAACAAGAAGUCUUUACAUGACUACCUGAAGAAGAAGGAAAUAGAGUAUAACACAUGCUUGCAGUCCUUCAGUACUGAAAACCAAACACUGGGUGAAGAGGAUGUGAAAAUAAAAAGGACUAACCUCUCUGUGCUUGGGCCUUUGGUCCAGAAAAUCAGAGAAUUAGAGGAGAAACAGAAGGAGUUGGAGGACACACAGGACUUGUUGAAAGAUAAUGACCCAGAAUUACAUGAGCUUGCAGAGUCAGAGAAGGAAGCCUGUCUAGCAUCCAUUCAAGAUCUCAAACAAAAGAUUUUAUCUCUUCUGAUUCCAGAGGAGGAAUCAGACAUGAGUGACCUGGUCUUAGAGGUCACCGCUGGGGUCGGAGGUCAAGAAGCCAUGCUCUUUACCGCAGAGAUCUUUGAUAUGUAUCAGAACUUCGCUGCUUUCCAUGGCUGGGGCUUCGACAUCCUAGAGGUCACAUCUAGUGAACUAGGGGGCAUCAGACGUGCAGCAGCCAGUAUCAGUGGUCCACUCAGCUAUAAAAAGUUAAAGUUUGAAGCUGGAGUCCAUCGUGUCCAGAGGGUCCCAAAAACAGAGAGUAAAGGUCGCAUACACACCAGCACCAUGACGGUGGCCAUACUUCCCCAGCCCACUGAGAUCUCAUUUACCAUCAACCCCAAAGAUCUGAGGAUCGAGACGAAGAGAGCCAGUGGUGCAGGAGGACAGCAUGUCAACACGACCGACAGCGCCGUGAGGAUCGUCCAUCUCCCCACAGGCACAGUGGCUGAAUGUCAGCAGGAGCGCUCCCAGAUCAAGAACAAAGAGAUAGCCAUGACGUUACUGCGAGCCAAACUCUACAGCGCCCGGCUGGAGGAGGAGACCAGUAAGAGAUACCAGGCUCGAAAACUACAGAUUGGCACCAAAGGCAGAUCAGAGAAAAUCAGGACUUAUAACUUCUCUCAGGACCGGAUCACAGAUCACAGAAUCGGAAAAACCAUUCACGACAUGCAUGGAUUUUUACAAGGAGAGGAACUGCUUGAGGAGAUGAUUGUGUUUUUGCAACAGUUUUCUGAACAGGAAUCGCUUAUGGACCUUCUUGAAGACGAUGAUCAGAAUCAGUAGUUGUUUGCUAGCAAUAAAGAAAUGUGUAAAAGUU